ACUGGUGCCCUAUCUCUAGCUUCUCACAUUUCAAGGAGCUGAUAGUUCCUUAAGUAAGUGAGAGCUGCUCUUGCUGUUAAAUUGUAACCAUAGUAAAGCAUUACAAGCUCCUGUACGGAUAUAGUAUUGGAAGAGGCGAGCGCAAGGAGUCAUAAAGUGUCAUUUACAGGCAUCAAAGACCAAGAACGGUUUGAAAUAUGCUAUGGAAUUAAUUUCGGGGGAAGAUGAUUGUCUUUGCCAGAGACAGACGUACUGCGUGGAGCGGCCAGUAUAUACCCAGGAAUAUUUAGAGGACCAGUUAAAUUUGCGGAAAGAUGAACCAAAAUCACUUAUCCAUAAAAUUAAACAAUCAUGUCGAUGCACUUCCAAAAAGGCAAAAUCACAACUUUAUAGUUUCCUCCCAAUACUAAAAUGGUUGCCACGAUAUCCAGUGAAGGAGUAUCUCGUCGGAGAUCUGGUAUCAGGGUUGAGCACUGGUGUGAUGCAACUUCCACAAGGUUUGGCUUAUGCCUUGCUGGCUGGUGUUCCACCGGUCUAUGGACUAUAUUCUUCAUUUUAUCCAGUUUUCCUCUACACAUUCUUUGGAUCUUCACGGCACAUUUCAAUAGGUACCUUUGCAGUGAUAAGCUUAAUGAUUGGAGGUGUCGCUUUAAGAAUUGCACCUGAUGAAAUGUUUGAUAUAAUGCCAACAAAUGCUACAAACAACACUUUCAACAACACUGAAGCAAGAGACGCAAUGAGGGUGAAAGUAGCCGCUGCUCUUACUUUGCUUUCAGGGAUCAUUCAGCUGUGUCUAGGUAUCCUUCGAUUUGGCUUUGUUGCCAUCUACCUGACUGAGCCUCUGGUACGCGGCUUCACAACUGCUGCUGCGGUACACGUCUUCACAUCUCAGCUAAAAUAUCUCUUAGGGGUCAAAACUAAAAGAUACAAAGAGCCUUUGGCAGUAAUAUAUAGCUUUACUGCCGUGCUAUCAAAUAUCACAACAGCGAAUGUUGCCUCCUUGAUAUUGGGUAUAUGCUGUAUCAUAUUACUGCUGGGAGCAAAAGAAAUUAAUGAUCGCUUCAAGAAGAAACUGCCAGUUCCUAUUCCCAUGGAGAUUAUUGUUGUAAUUGUUUCGACUGGGAUCUCUGCAGGACUAAACCUUGAAGAAUCUCAGAAGGUAGAUAUUGUUGGAAAGAUCCCCACUGGGUUCAGCCCACCUGGUCUUCCUGACAUCAGCCUGUUCAAAGAAGUGUUUGUGGAUGCAGUGGCUAUUGCUAUUGUUGGAUUUUCCAUGACCAUUUCAAUGGCCAAAAUCUUUGCUCUUAAACAUGGUUAUGAGGUCAGCGGCAAUCAGGAACUUAUUGCUCUGGGAGUUUGCAACUCUGUGGGUUCCUUCUUUCAGACAUUCUCUGUGACCUGCUCAAUGUCUCGUAGCCUUGUCCAAGAGAGCACUGGAGGAAAUACUCAGAUUGCAGGAUUGUUGUCAUCGUUAAUGGUGCUUUUGGUAAUAGUGGUCAUUGGGUACCUUUUCCAACCAUUACCACAGACUGUGCUAGCUGCCAUUGUGAUGGUGAACUUGAAAGGAAUGUUUAAGCAGUUUGCAGAUAUUCCAAAUUUAUGGCGGACCAGCAGACUAGAACUGAGUAUCUGGGUGGUAUCGUUUCUGGCUUCUGUUUCAUUAGGGCUAGACUAUGGUUUACUAGUUGCAGUGACAUUUGCUAUUUUAACAGUGAUCUACCGCACUCAAAGUCCACAGUAUAGAAUCCUUGGACAGAUUCCAAACACAGACAUUUACUGCGAUGUGGAACAAUAUGAAGAGGUGAAAGAAUUUACUGGAAUUAAAAUAUUUCAGGCCAAUACCUCUCUUUAUUUUGCCAACAGUGAGUUGUAUGUCAGUGCACUGAGAAAAAAGACUGGAGUAGAUCCAGCUGCCAUAUUGAUUGCAAAGAGAAAAGCCCAGAAGAGACAUGCCAGAGAAAUGAAGAAAGCAAACAAAACAGAAAAAAGAGCUGUCUUGAAACUUACUAAUGAUGUGGAGAUGGCUGUUAAACAUGAAUUAAUGAGUGAUGACCCAAUCAUUGAUAUAGCAGCAAAUGGAAGGAAUGGAAUAUCUGAAAGAAACAUGCAUGAGAUGCCCUCUGAUGAACUAGAAUAUUUUAUGACUCCAGUCAUCGGUGUUCAUUAUAUCAUUCUGGACUUCACACCAGUUAAUUUUAUUGACUCUGUCGGAGUAAAAACUCUGAAAUCUAUUAUUAAGGAUUAUAAAGAAAUUGGUGUUACUAUCCUUGUGUCAGGCUGCAGUGCACUGGUUGUUAAAGACCUGACAAGGUUACAUUUCUUCGAUGCAUCAAACAAGAGAGACAUCUUGUUCCAUAGUAUUCACGAUGCUGUGAUUAACUGUAAACUGAAAGCUUCCUCGUCUGCUCUGACCUCCUCAGAAGAACAGGUUCUCAGCUCAGAUACACAAAGUCAGAUCUGAGCUCCAUCUACAGACAACUGUGCAAUAACCAAAACAUUGCCUCAGCCCUUUCCUUACUUUCCAAAUGUUUCCGUACUCCCCACAUUUAAGGAAGUUGCUUUUCUUUUCCAGUAUAAAAAAGUAGGCAACUAACCAGUUGAAACGAUGAGACAUUUUUUGCUGGAGAAGGGAUGCAAGCAAUGCAUUCUGGGAAUUCAGCUUCUUUAUUCAUUCAGAUGGUGCAAAUAGAAAACAUUAACCAGGUUUGCACUACUUUUGUUUGGGUACUUAGGACCCCUUCUUUGCUACUGGUAGCAGAGGAGAUAAGGGCUUUUGGGGAAGAGGGUUGUCCAGUGUUUUUCAUUUAUUAUGUAUGUUAAUCACAAUGUGAUUGUCACUAUUCCAUGGAAAACACACCAGCUCUUUCCAGCCUAGGGCACUUCUGUGAUACUGUUUCACCCCUUGUCAUGUCAGCAGUGAUGCAAAUUUUAUUGUUACUGUAUCCCAAUAGAUACUGAAUUAUUCCUACGCUUACGGAACCCAUCACUACAUGCUGACGAGUAUUUUUCUGUACUACAUGUACAGGCCAGUCAGUAAUUAAUCUCUAGCAGAGCUUCUGGCAAGUCUCACUAAAUAAAAAAAAAAAAAAGGCUUGCCUCCAGUGUAGAGGUAACAUUUUUCUACACAUUUGUUAAAUGUAAUAAUAAUAUUUGAAAUAUUUAUUUCAAAGGGUUGUCCCUUUUUUAUAAUCACAGUUUAUUUAAAAUUGGAAGCUGAAAUGCCUACCCUAUAGCUACAUUUUAAACUCCACACUAAAAGACAACUAAAUUCCUCUCACUCACCUACACUCUGCCAUGGUUAAGAUUCAAACAUGCCGUACAUCCCAGAAUAAACAGCAGUCUGUCUCCUGGGCAGGUGGCAAAGUGAAUAUGUACAGGGCAGGCCAACUGCACAGAUGCUUUUUCACUUAUUUUAAAGGUCUAAUAGGGGAUGCCCAUUUUAGUUGCCUUAAAAGAAAAAAAAAAAAAAUUAUAUAUAUCAUAUCUUCACAUACCAAGUGCUGUAACCUAAAUGGGCCAAUAGUUAAUGAGAAGUGCUGCAAGGACAAGACAUACAUCUUAACUGAAAAAAUGCCUUAAUGCCGUUUAACUGUGACUUUUCCCACCCAGUCCCCAAUUUACUUUAUUCUGUAGAAAAUAAUGACUAUAUUUAUAUAUCUGUUAAAUGAAUGUGAUUGUGUGAAAAUUCACAGAUUUUUUAGAAAAUCCUAAACUGUGUGUAAGUGUUAAUGACUGUCUGUUACACUUGCUAAAGGUUUAUAUUUAUAGAUGCUUUUGGGAAGUAUUCGCUAUUGCUUGUAGUUGGCUCAGAAAAGUUUUGAUUGACGUGAAAUCAUAUGUAUAUUGUGUGAAACCAACAGAAUAAUCAUGGUACCAUGUGUUUUUAUUGUAGAAACAAAGCACAAAUGGAUGACCUGGAAUCUACAUUUAGGUCUUUUCAUUUUUGGCUUGGAUAUAUGAUAUACCUCUCAGAUGAUUUUAUACCACUGAUAAGGGUAGUAUAGUACACUGUUAUGAUAGGAAAACAUAUAUGACCUUUUAUUUGUGACUUGAAAUCUUGCCCAGUUAACUAUAGUCAUUUUUUUGUUUGCGUAAAGGCACACCCCUUUUCAGCAUGACCCAAAUUAAUAGGGCUUGUACUGAACAUAUUUUGCUCAUUGUUUUAAUGUAAGGUUUAGAAAUACUUCUGCCACCUAAUAGGAAUAUAAAGCCACUUUAGACCUUCCUGACAAUUCUGCUCUGAAAGAACUUCAAAGUAGCUGUAAAAGCCACAAAGAAGUCCCUGAUAAUGAGCUGCUCAAAGGCUGCUGCUUAGAGAAGGGGAUGGGUUUGCUUGUUCAAAAGUAGAACAAAUUCUACUGAACAAAGGGGGGAGUUAAGUUCAAUGAAAAUAGCCCAACUUUCAAAUUCGUGCUUUUAAAAUAAUAAAUACAGUAGGCAGAAUUUUAGUCCCAGUGUGGUCAUUUUUAGCAACGGUGUUUUAAAGUGUAUACUGUCCCUUUCAGGGACAUAUUUUAGUAAAUUGAACUGAAAUUUUCUAUGAUCCAAAAGAUCUGUUUCAUUAAUGAAUAUUUGCUUAACUAGGCAAAAGAGUAGUAGUGCUGUUGUGCAGGCAUGCAACCUUAAAAGGAAAACAUACCACUCUUUAUGAUAUUAGCUCAUUUAGUUGGGCUUGAACUUCCAAAAAAUAUAUAUUAUAUAUAUAUAAAUAUAUAUUAUAUAUAUAUAUAUAUAUAUAUAUAUAUUUUUUUUUUUUUUUUUUUUUACAUAGCAUAUAUGAUUUCUCAGAUUGUGUAAAUCUUCUGCUGACCUAGAGGGAUCGGUUGAAUGACCACCCACGUGAGAGGUGGCUUCAUUGUAUACACGCACGCAUCCGUUUAGAUUAGAAAGUGCAACUUUUUAUAUAAACCCAACUGAAUAAGUUCAUGUCAAAAAGAGGGUAUUUCUCCCUACUGAGUUCAACGUAUUUUCGAGGGGUGUCUUUUCACUUGGGAACAGAAUGUCUGUUACAUUUAUAAACCCCAGGACUGUCUGGUUAAAACCCCUAAUUUAUCUGGCCAUAGGUAACUUCCACAGUAUUUCGAGGGGAGCAUAUGGCUUUGAUAGCUGACAAAUCUUAAUGCCCUUGAUAUGGUAUUUUGCUGUUAAUUGUCCUUGAGUGUCAGUACAGCUUCUAGGAAAUAAAAGUAUUACUGCCAAGAUUAUCACAGAAAGAGAUUCAGUACUUCACGGCUUCAGGUGUAUUAGAAAGGUACGAAUACAUCACAUACUUUCUUUCCUGUGAAAAAAGAUUGGAUUUUCCAUAAUCCCAUGGUCAGUGCCUGAAUGAUGUCAUUUCCUGACAUAGUUACAAUAAGAGCUACAGAAUCAGACCCUAGCUUAGACUAGAACAACUUUAAACCAACUGCUGAAACAGAGGGCCUGGAACAAGUGGUUUCCAUUUAUAAGAGAGUCUGGGACAGUGUAAUGUUCCUGCUCCAUGGAACUUCCAGUCUAUACGUGUCACCAACAAUCAUGUAGUUAACCCAGGUUUACAAGUAGCUGAGUCCAGUAUCCUUAGUAUCAUUAUGUUCUGUAAAUAUUUGUGGCCUAUCCUUAAGGCUGCCAACAUACAGUGCCCAUAAAAUGCAUGUUUGGCCAAAAGAGGAAUCUAUUUGUUUUAACAAACCAUCUUUGAAUUAUAAAUCUAGGAAACCAGAGUUUUUAAUACAGCGAGUUGUGUAUUUCAUCACAGUGUUAACUGGAUUAACGCAAGUGCAAUAUUUCUAUAUCAGGUAUGUUUAGUACCACCUAUUUUUGUAAGAAUUGAGUCUGUGGAAGCACAUUAUAUAUAUCCAUCUGGAAACCAUUUUGGCUGCCUCAGAAAAUAAAAACAGAAACCAAGCUUACAGUUCAGUCAGAUACAUGUAAUGGUUUAGGAAAGUUUCAUAUACUACAUGCCAAUGAGGCAAUAUCUGUAUGGGCCCGGUGUGGCACUUUCAAGAUAGGUGACCAUUACUACUAAACAUACACACACACACAAAUAUAUAUGGCACAAUCAUGAAUAGGGUUAUUAGCAUGCAAUGGUGCUGACCUGCCACUACUGAAAUACCUUGCCCUGUAACACGUGGAGAUGUUCUGCCAAUAAUUCUCCGUCACUCAUGAAAGGUAUUACUGAGAGUAAAUUGUUCAUCUCAGAAUUUAAUUUUUUUUUUUUUUUUUUUUUAAAUAAAGUGCUAAAACACGUUCUGUUUACUUAUUAUUUAAAUAGUGUACUUUAUUUGCAGAUAGUAUAUUUUUAUAGAUGUAUAUUUUUAUGUUCUUUAUUGAAAGUAAAUGUCUUGCUAUGGGAGAUGUUAAGAUUUGUUGUUAUAAAAAAUAUGGAGCUAGGGUUUCUUCAAUCAAAUAAAAUCAUUCAUUGCAAAUUCA